CCAUCUAGAAUGGGGUGAAAAUCCUUAGAUCUCCCAGAUCUAAAAUAUGUCGACACCAGAAUCGGAACGUCUCUAUCUUCAAGACCAUUUUUCCUAUUUUAUAGGAUACUUUGCCGAAUUUCAAAGAACUGUUAGUAUACGAAAGUUUCCCUGGAAAGUUUCUAGUGUUGAUUAACGAUAUUUGAGCGAGGAAGAUUGCGAGAAUGCCGCCGAGAGGUAACAAGAAGAAGAAAGCGGGAUAUCCCACAAGAUCCCAUAAGCUCAGGGUUAUCUUGCUGCCAGGUGGUCGCAGCAGUGCGGAACAGAGUGACACUGACCUGCUAGAUGACACGGCCAGUAAUGUCAGCAGCAGUAGUGACCUACGCAGCCUGACAGGAGAGGAGGGAUUCCCCCCUCCUGAUGCUAUAGAUGAGACUGAGGCCCAGGAAGAUUUUGAGGAGAAGCUGAGAGAUCAGAUAGAUGGAACCACACAGAAGAGUGCAAAUGGUCGAAAGUCCUGCCUGGCUGGCCUUCGUCAAACCUUCUCCCGCAAGGUUUUACCAGACUUCAUAGACAAUAGGAAAGUUACCAUCACUGAUUGUGUUGAAAGAUGUCUUAAGAAAGGUAAGGGUGAGGAGCAGGCCCUGGCUGCCUCAGUAGGCUCGCUGCUGUGUGUACAGCUGGGCUCCAGGGAGGGGUGUGAGGAGAUCUACAACAACCUCAAACCUGUCAUGAUCACCAUCAUGAACGACAAGUCAGCAGCAGCCACUGCCAGAGCUGCUUGUGCACAAGCCCUGGGCCUCAUUUGCUUCAUAGCUGCUGGGGACAUGGAGGAGGUUGUCGACAUCAUGGGGGGUCUAGAGAAGAUCUUCUGUGUGGCGUACCUGAAGGGAGACGGCACAUCCCCGUCCCACAGUCCCGCGCUCCAGGCCCUGCACUGCGCCGCUCUGUCUGCAUGGACUCUGCUGCUCUCCAUAGCACCACCUUCUAAAGUACAGGAGUUUGUCAGAACCCACCUUCCCAAGCUGCCGCAGCUCCUACAGAGCGAUGACGUGAACAUGCGCAUCGCCGCGGGAGAGGCCAUCGCCCUGCUGUAUGAACUGGCGAGGGUGCAGGAUGAGGACUUUCUGGGCCAAGACCUGGACUCCCUGUGUACUCGCCUGAAGCAGCUCGCCACCGAGAGCGUCAAGUACAUCGCCAAGAACGACAAGAGAAAACAGCGCUCCAGCUUCAGGGACAUCCUCCGAGGAGUGGAGGAGGCAGAGGCUCCCAACGAUACGGUACGGUUCAGUGUGGAGGAGAUCUACCUGGACAGCUGGGUCAAGAAACGUCAGUAUGAGGCCUUCAAGGACUCACUGGGAGCAGGGGUCAACCAGCAUUUACAGGAGAAUGAACUCCUGCGGGACAUCUUCAGUUUGGGAGCCCCCAUCGAUGUAGCAGCCUACAACAAGCAGAACAAGAUCAGCCGGUUUGAGAGACACAUGUACAACUCUGCAGCUUUCAAGGCAAGAACGAAGGUCCGCAGCAAGCAGCGUGACAAGAGAACCGUCACUGCAUAAGCACCAUGUGGAUAUCGUUUCACUAAUCAUCUGUCCUGGAAAUCAGACAUCUGCAUCUUCUUCGAGUUCAGAUCAGUAGGGUGUUGAGUAUUGUCUGGAAAGACCAGAAAGUUGCUGUGUUUGUGGCUUUCCAAGAGGUACAUUUUAAAAUCAGUGCAGACUCUGAUGCAUGCUGUUAUGUUUUGGAAUAAAUUUGUGAAAAACAAAUUCCAGUGUACCAAAAGAAAAGGAGAGAUCUGAUCCACAAUGAGCAACAAACAUUGCAACUCCUUCAACACCCCAGUGGUAUCUGCAUUGACAGUUUUUGAAGGCUCUGCAUAGUUAUGGCUAAUUUGCAGUAUUGUUUUAACUAGGAAGAAGUUUUGAAGAACUAACAACGACAAGUAGCAUUUCUAACAGUUCUGUACAAUCUGACCAAAGAGUUUGACCAAAGCGAUUCACCAAAGGACAUCUUGUUGACAGUAGUAUAUCUACCUAAGGGGCCACAUUUGAAGAAUUGUGACCAACCUCUAGAAACAUGGUCUUUUCAGAUACCACUGUCUUAUUUACUGUUAUGUACUAAGGGGCAAGAUUUAUUUAUUUGUGAAUCUGAAAUUAUUAUGCCCAAUUCUGAGAUUGUUCACAGUAUUGCAUGUAAAUAAGCGUACUUUGAGACGUAUGUGUAAAGUACUGUUGUGAGCGUGGAAGACACAAGCCAUUUUAAGAUGUAUGUAGUUCACUGUAAUUAUUGUUUGACUAAGAAACAUUGGGUAUUGGAAACAAGAUGCACCGAUAUGUGCACAGAUAUUGGUAGGACCAUAUGGCAUACAUACCCUACAUUAAGAGUAGUUCAGAUUUGUUGCUUCUUAUACAACCAGUACGGUAACCUGAUAACCACAUCCAAGCCUUCCUAUGUCAUCUGGCCAGACUGUUGCACAAGGUCUAACUCAAGGUGCUGUGGCAAAGUUUCAUAAGUGGCAUGCUGGCCUUGCCUGUGUUACACAAUAUUGUACUGCCAGGGGUUAAUUAGCCCUGGAGCCAACAAGGCCUGUGUUGGUCCUGGAAACAGUCUGGCAUCCAGGCUACACCCCCACCAUAAUGGGGUGUAGAAGUUUGACUUCAGUAAUAUAGCAUUUGCAAGGCGGUAUGUUGGUGGUUGGUCCUAACAAGGUUGAUCAGAUACAUUUUUUGUGUACUGUUGCAGUAUUUACAGGCAUAUACAGGAUUAAUUUUUGUAUCUGUAACAAACAAUCCAAGACUCACAUACCAGUGACAAGGAACUACUACAACGUACUGUAGCAUUUAGAACAGAAGCAGCUUAGUGAUUGUUUAAUUCAAUACUUAAGUCUUUAGUUUGCACUAAAGAUUGUAGCGUAUGGAAUUUUUUAAUAUGUUUUCGUUUCUGCAUAUUGUUUGUGGCACAAUAGCUAAUCUGUUGUGUUGAAGGCUUUCAAUAGUUUCAUCAAGCUAUGUUCCAAGAUAAAAUGUUGUAAUUGCUACAGAAAUCUAAUUGCUACUCUAAUCAUGAUUGAGUUGCUUCUGUCAAAUGAAGGCAUACCUAUCAGAAACACACGUGUAGCAGAUUCACCAUGUAUGAGUUUCUGUAUAAAGGACUUCUUUCUGCAAGCGUGUAUGUAUUAUGUUUUUGCAUGGGCUGUAAAAGUGUUGCUCCAGUUUAAAAGUUUUGCUGUCUCUUUAACUAUGUGGUGUACCGUGUAUUUGAUCAAAAUACCAGUGUUAUGUUGAAAAUAAGUUGUUGAUUAAAUGGUUCUUCAUUAGGCUUGCACGAUAGCUAAAUUGAACUGCAUGCAGAAUUAUGUAAUUAUGAUUUUCAUGCAUUUGCUGCUUUAUGAAGAUAAUGCAAGAUGCUGCCUUGCUGAAUAGUUAUCUUGUGAAACAGCAUUGAGUCCUGGUAUUUCACAAUUCAUUUAAGACCAUGGUUUUUCAAAGUCUGGGUUUUGACAAAUUUUGUUUUAUUGAAUCGCCAUAGGAGUUUGCAAUAUCAGCACCAACUCAAAGAAUCAUUAGUAGACAAGCAUUUUUGUGAUCACUGUAGAUUGUGUUAGAAUGUGUAUUCUAUGUCAGAUUACUAGUACAUGUACUUAUUAAAAUGAAAAUAUUGGACAAA